AUGAUGAUAAUUGUACAAGGCAGCAUAGUCCUUCUUCUGAUCGGGUGUUGUUAUUCUGCUGUUCCUAGCGAAGAUGAAGUUUUGGAAGCCCUUGAUAAAGCAAGGACUAUUAGUCUCCUUGAAAGAGGACUCGAACAAAUGGAACGAAAACUUGACAGAAGAGGUCCCGAUUGGUGUCAUAUGUCAAGGAGUCAUGGUCAACUUAAUUGGUGUCCAAUGUCAAUGAGUCAUGGUCAACGUAAGCACGGAAAUGCUAAUAUGGACAGAUCCGUGAACGAAGCACUUCGGGCAAUGCGUAUACUCCGAACACAAAAUGGGAACACUUUAAAAGAGGUCAGCCAUGGACAGGUUCUUAAUGUAUUCAAGAAGAUUAAUGGAGACACUUGUAAUGUCGCCGAGCCGCCGGAGGAAUGCGACCCUGACGUCAAGUACAGAAGUGCAGAUGGCUCUUGCAAUAACUUAAGAAAUCCUGAAUGGGGCAUGGCUGGUAGAAGUCAAGAGCGAGUCGUUCCGAAUACGUAUGAUGACGAUCUCGGAACACCAAGAACAGUUGGUAUCAACAAUGCGCCACUCCCAAAUGCGAGAACAAUAAGUAAUCACAUACAUAACGAAGCUAAUCUAACUGAAGUUCGUAGCAAACACUUAACUCUGCAUGCAAUGGGCUUUGGACAAUUUCUGGAUCAUGACUUAACGCUUACCCCAGAAACGUCAGCGGUAGAACAUUGUUGCGACGAAGCAGAAAGAGAUGACAUUGACAAUUGUUUUAACAUAAUUAGUCCAGAGGAUGACGAAUUCCAGCCAAUAUUCGAAAAAGACCAUUGUAUAGAAUUAAAAAGAUCUUCCCCCGUGCUUUGUCCAGACUCACUAUCUGGUGGAAGACCAAUUAGACAACAGGUUAACGCAAUCACGUCUUUCAUCGAUGCUUCGAAUGUUUACGGCUCUUCGCUAGAACAGCAAAAGGGUCUAAGAGACGGAGAAGACGGGAAGGGGUUCCUACUUAAAACAACUACCCGACAAAGUGGAGAGCGCAUUCUAGAUGGGGAUCCUGCUGACUGUGAACUGACUGAGGCCAACCAACAAUGCUCAAAAGCCGGGGAUGCUCGGGUAAAUGAAGUUCCAUGCUUGACGGCGUAUCACUAUUUAUUUGUGAAAGAACAUAACAGAAUUGCCAACAUAUUGAAAGAUUUCUACCCGACACCCGGCAGUGAUGAAAUAAUAUUCCAGGAGACAAGAAAGCUGGUCAUAGCCAUAAUGCAAACAAUAACUUACGACCAGUUUCUUUCUGCCAUCCUGUCAGAUGAUGCAAUGACAAAAUAUAAACUGAAAUCUUCUGAGGAUUACUCCUAUGACGCCGAACAAAAUCCAACAAUUAUUAACGCAUUUGCUGCAGCAGCGUACAGAAUGGGUCAUUCAUGGAUAUCACCCGAGAUGAUUCUAUUCAAUAAUGACUAUCAACCAAUUGAUCAUGGGGCAGUGAAGACAGAGGAAACUUUUCACAAUCCAAGUUUGACGUACAGACCGCGGGCAUUUGAUAGACUGAUGUACUGGUUGACAGGGGAGGCUUCACUUGAAACAGACAGAUUUAUGGUAGAGGCAGUUCGAAGUAAUCUCUUUCUGAACAAAGCUGAAGGUUUUGCCUUGGAUUUGGCUGCAAUAAACAUACAGAGAGGUAGAGAUCAUGGCAUAGGGACAUAUAAUGACUACAGGGAGUUCUGUGGACUUGACAGACUUGCGGACGAAUGGGAUAACGAACCUUUAGAUGAUUUUGUCGAGGGAAUAAAAGACAAACUAAUUGAAGCAGGAUACGAGUCGCCAGCAGAUAUUGAUCUCUUUACUGGUGGCCUCAUAGAAAAAUCAGUGGAAGAGGCAGGAGGUUUAGGUCCAACAUUUGAGUGUCUGAUUGGAGAACAAUUCAAGAGAAUGAAAUUUGGAGACCGUUUCUGGUUUCAGAGUAGAGCAACCGGUUAUAAUAAAAAGCAAAUUGAUGAGAUACGGAAAUAUACGUUAUCAAAUGUACUCUGUGCAAAUUACGGCUACAGUACUGUACAGUAUCCUAAUGCAUUUAAAAACAAAAACGAAAUGAGAAAGUGUGAUGAGAUUAUCGACAUGAACUUCACCGUUUUUGACCCAAGGCGAUCUCGACCUUCAAGACCCCCACGACCUCCACGACCCACUCCACCACCAAGAGGGCCGCCACAGAAAAAGAAUGAAAUUGCUAUUGAAGAUGAGCUUCUGCAUCUGAUCAAAGAACUUGAAGAUGAACAAUAAAAAUUAUACGCAUCUAAUUAAAAAUAUUAAACUCAUCUGGCAAUAAAUAUCAUUAUGUUGUAAUUAUAGAAAAGAAAUUAAGAAUGAUAAAAAAUGUAUUUUAAGAGUUGCAAAUCACAUCAAGCAUUUUUGUAAUUAUUUCUUAAGAUUCAAAAAAUCAGUAUGUAAUUGUCUUACAGUACAGCACAGUUACUAUGUCGGUAUACAGUUUAAAUGUCUUACAUGCCAGUAGAAUACGAUCAAAUUACAUUUCUGUUUUUGUUGCCCUCACUAAAAUUUUCUCCGAAACAUAACAGCUAUAUUGUUUAACACUAAGUCUGCUUCACAUAUAUUUUCCAUGAUUGGUAUAAAUAUAUUCUUAAGUUAACUGCACGCACAUUUACGUGAUGUUUGCUUGAAGUUCUUGCAAGUGAGUGAAAAAAGACGCAUCCUUGUUCUUAAAAUCGAAUAAAUUUAAGAUAAGAUCUACAUAGAUUUUACUUUCUAAGAAUUGAUAAGCAUUGUUCUGUCAUUGCACCUGGUUUAUAUGAAUAUGUUCUUAAUUAUAUUUAUUAAACAACAACAACAACACUCUUAUUUUGAAUCAAGUGACAAAGUGCAACAGUAUGAUCAGAUAUACUAUAAUAUAAAAUGUGUGUGUUUUUUAAUGUUUUUUGUUUACUAUGUAAUUGAACAUAUCAUCAAUAUAUCAUGCAUUAUAAAGCAACAUGGGGACAGUUAUUGUGUCGUCAUCAGAAUACAUUCAUAAUGACAACACAUCUAGAAAUAGACAACAUGGCACGAGUUAGAAAGAAAACGUGCAUGCUACAUAAUCAAAAUCAUAUUUUUUCUUCAUGUUUUUAUUUUUGUCCUAUUCUUUUUGUACUUUUUCAUUAAUCGAGUCACUGCAUAACAGCAUAUUUUAAAAAUGAUUUACAAGUUUGUUGCUUAUUUCUUGUAUGGAAUAUUUGGUUCAGGUAAAAAGGAUAUAAAAAGAAUCAGUUAUAAUGUUACAUGUAUAUAUCUUUAUUUGAAAGCUAACCAGUGACAUAUUACAUUGUAAUUAUUUAGCCUGAUCUUUGAAAAUAUAAACCGUUCAUUUAUAUGUAUACAGUAGUUUUUAUAUCCCACCACACUAAAAGACACGCUCUCUCUUCUCACUCUACGUUCAAACAGUCCCUUAUGCGCAGUGAGACCGGGAUAAGAAAAACGGAGACGUAGUCAGAACGUCAUUGGCCCGAUGAGAAUAUGAAAAUGCGCGUAGUGAGAUAAUGGAUGCCUUGUGGACAUGGCAAGGACGUAGAGAAAAAGGAAAAAACAGCAUUAAAUUUCCAAAUUUCACCACGCGGCGCCACAUGAAUCGAAAUUUCGAAGAUAUAGUACGAUCUUGCUAGCCUUCAUUCAAGUGUAAUAAUUUAUUAUAAAAUGAUUCCUCCAUAUAAAUUUCAUUUUUUUUUAUUAUUGUAGAAUGUUAAGAAGUGAAUUUGUCCCUGUUUUAGAUUAGUUUCGCGCACAUAUAUAACCAAGAGUUUUAUAUUAUUGUUUAACUUUGGUCUUUUUGUUAAUUAUACUUUUGCAAUUUUGUAUGAAAUUUUGUUAAAGACUACAAUAGAAAGUUGCAAACUUCGAUAUAAAAAAACAAACCUUUCACAUAAACAGUUUUCAAUUUUUAUGCCAAAAAUAUUUGUCUAUAACAUAUUGUAUUUGACUAGAUUAUUAUAUCUAGACUGUUAAUUAUAAACAUGUUAUACCAUAAUUUGUUAAUAGAUUACAUUAUAUUAUAAAAUUUAAAAUCAUUAUUAUACAGAUAUUUUUGUUCAAAGUAAGAAUUUUUUCCAGAUAUCAAUCAAAUAAAAACGUCAGGAGGAGGUUAUCUCUGACCAGUUGUUAAGAUUUUGUAAGUAAGCAUAGUGAUAGCAAAAGAUAAACACUAUUAAAAGAGAAACAGAUAUGAAAGGUUUGAAACUGUAAUCAUAUGUUAUGCUGGAAGAAAGUGAACAGUUUGUUUUAACUGAGUGUGUUAAACAACAAUAUUUAUUAUACCUUAUGUAUUAAUCAGAUACCAUCGAUUGUUGUAUCAAUGUAAUAAACUAAAUAUGAA